GGGAUUUGGAGCUCCGAGGGAGGCCGGGCGUGGGCGUCUGGAAGGCGGGGCGGAGCAGAGCCGGUGGCUGAGGUGUAUUUCAGCUCAUCGUUCAUUUGGCUGAAGGGAAGCUGUACCAAUGGCCUCAGAAAGGCAAAGUGAGGAUAUAGAUCACCCACCUGAGCCUCCUGCAGCUCCUCUUCAGAGUGUCAGAACAUUUCAAUGGGGAGCCAUACUUGCUGCAGUGGAAGAUCAGCUCCCAUCUCUGGACUCUGAUGACUCCACAUCUGACUGUGACAGUGAUGGGGAGCUUUUCAUCUUCCAGCGGGAACUGCCAAACUUAAUUCCUGACCUGUCAGAAGAACUGAUGGAGUUUUCCCUGGAAGACUCAAACAUGCAGCAAACCCAGGAAACAGAAAGCCAUCCAUGGGAGAUCUGGAGUGGAGAUCUAGAAAGCUUUGGCUUUCAGAAAAAACCACAUGGUGCCCAAGUAAUUGCAAAGGAUGAUGUACAAAUGAUUAAAGAUGAGACUCCCGAUCUUGCCAGCUAUACUGAAGAAAUACCAAGCCAAAAGGCAGCUGUUUUUGAAGAGUCUCUUGCAGAUUCCACAGAUUGCCUUGAAGAGGAAGAACUGGACAGGACACAGGCCAGGGAAAGCCAGAACUCUUGGCUUAAUACUGCAUUGUCUGUGGAUGAUUUGAGCAGCCGGAAAGAGAGAAGAAAACUGAUAGAGACAAAAAUACUCUCCAAAAUAAUCCUGGAGCCAUCAGGCCACCCAGAGCCAGAUGUCAAGCUUCCCUCCCAUGAUGUUAGCAACAGUCUAGAAAGAACUGAUAAGGAAGAAAACUCCUCAGAUCACCUUCAAGGACAGACCCAUCUGUCACAGCGGAGUAUGGAGAAAUGGGACCUAGACAAGAUUCUUGAGCAGCUGGAGCAGCAGAAAGAUGAGACUUGUGCAGAAGUUGCUUUCUCCUCAGCAGAUCAUGGCACCUUCAGGAGUAGAUCUGAAAAUAAGAUCAUGGAAAAGCUAGCAGAGCUGUGUGCCAGGCAGUCCAGGACAGUGUCUCCAUAUUGCCGGUGGUCACCAGCCAAGGUCUCCUUUCAAGAACAGCAGGAGAAUAAGGAUAUUGCCUCGCGAUCAUCUCCACGAAGUUCUCCAAGGAUGGAUAUGGUGAGCUUACAGAGCCUGCCAGAGCCUGCAACCGUGUACAUCGAUCUGAGAGAUGCUAAAGCACAGAAGUCAGUAAUGUUCCCUGAUGAGCAACAAGGCACAAGCGACAGCUCCACGGAAGAAGAGGAGACUAUGAUGACUGGGGACCAAGCAGAAAGGAGAAGGAGGAAUUGCUCAGCAAAAAGCUUGCUACUGCAACAACUCCGUAGAGCCCGUAAGGAAGCCUCAGAGCUUCCUCAUGAAAUCUCUACCCCAGCUGAAAAACUUGAAGGCAUAAAACAGGAUCCAGAAAGUCUGGAAGAGAUAGGUUCCUCUGAAAUAAAUCAAACCCCAUAUUCUGAAGUGAGGCAAGAGACAAGUAAGGCAAUUCCCAGGAUGAGGUUGGAACCAGAGAAAACAGAUACCCUCUUGUCAAGCCAUGGAGGUAAUGGAGCUGGUAUAGAGAAAGAAACCAAAAUGGAAGCUGAGAAGGUUAAAAAUUCAGGAAAUGCUCCAGAGCCUCCUCUAACUACACCAGAAUUGCCAAGGACAGAAGGAAGUAAAAAAGAGCUAUUCCAAAAGGAAGAACAGAUGAAAGAGAGACGCAGGAGACACAGAUUCCAGGAGCAGCUGGAGAGACUGCAGCCUCAGCAGUCAGUUACUGGAAAGCAGCCCAUGGCAGAGAAUACCCCUGUUUUGUUCCACAUGGAAGCCUCUUACUUGCCAGCUAUUGACACAUUGCCUAGACCACAUGGUAUGAAAAAUGAGGUGCUGCUUCUGACUGUUCGGCUGUCAAGUUGUGGCCAAGUAGCUACAGAUCAGCACAGGGAGCAGGGGUCUGCCAUGGUGCUGAGAACAGCCAACAUAUACCAGGCCCUUGCGACAUGGAGGCUCUCUCUGGUUGCCAUGGUGCUGCUGUUUGAAAGGCUCUUCCAAGGUCCCCUGGCUACCCAUUUCAUGUUGCAGCUGGUGCUCAGUGCGGGUCUGGAUACCUGUGGACUCCGCCUGCUCUAUCCUCAGCAGGAUGUGCUGCUCUCCUGCUCAGAAAAGCUGCCUUCUUCCCAUACUUCAAAGACCAGCAAGGUUCCACCAGUGAUGGCAUUGAGCAUGAGAGGUCCUGAAGCAAGCAGCACUUUGCAGGCCCCAUGGCUGACCAGCGUGACAGACUGCAGUUCCAUCAGUGCCAUCUACUGCAGGAGCCCAGAGGAGCCUCUCAUCCACCUGCCCGUCCUAGACAGCCAUGCACACAGGGAGCUCUGCCUCUGGUUUGGAGGGAGGGCUGCUGCAUCAGCACUGCAUGCUGGUGUCCUGCGUCCAGAUUCCCAGUGCAACAGAGCAAGCUCACAUAGCCCUUCAUCAACCAGGGCAGAAGCAGAUGACGAACAGGUUGAUCUCCAGGGCAUGGUGCUGUCUCAACCUCUAGCGAUGCUUGUCUCAACUGCCACAGGGGAUGUCAUUUUGAUGGUGUCACCUGUGGUAUCUCCUUGUGCAUAUGGUAACGUGAUUUCAGUCUGUACUCAUCAGGGGUUUGUCCUGCAAGGAGCCAGACAGCUGCAGCUUUCACCCGAGCAAGCUGCUGUGCUGAGCAUGACACAAAGUCAGGUUGCUGUAUUUUGCCCUAGCAAGAUUUCAAGUUCUCCCGACAGUUCUGCAAGAGGAGAGCUCUCUGCUGAACCACACAUGCACUGUCUUGUUUUGUUGCUGAGGAAGGAGAAUGCUUGUCAUCACAUUCCUGCACUGGUGAAAGGACUGAUGGAUGGACUGGCAAAGCAAGGCUAUGGGCAGAGCAGCCAGGCUCCCACUGCCCGACAUGACCCCUCCAUGUGGUUUCAUGUGGCUCCUUACACCGAGACCUUGCUGCAGGCACUGGGAGGAAACCUCAGUGCGGUGCCGGAGCCCCAUUACAUUCCUCUGGAUUUUUUCUGCAAUCGAACCUAUGCUUCUGAUCCUGAAAUGGAGCAAGUUGUCAUGCUGGCGGUGGUUGGAACGGAUGCUAUGAAGAGUGCUGGAGAGCUCCUUCACCAAAUCCUUCUUCCUGGGCCCAGUAAUCAACCUCAGAGCCCAGAAGAACCCGAUUUGGGAUUUGAGCUUCUUGGCCUCAAGUGGUUGCCCCAUCUCACUCGAUGUCAGGCCAAAGAAGUAACCCCUUUUGAAGCUGGAGAUACUUCCUGGCAAAGCAGCCUUGAUACACUAAUGUCAAACCCAGUCCUUGUGUGUGCAUUACGGCGGAUCAAUGCCUUCAGAGUUCUUGCAGAUGCAUUGGAGAGAUUAACACAGUGGAGGGAGAAGCUGAGCAAAAGUGGCAGUCUUCUACAGAUAGUAAUGGCCCUGACCCCAGAGCUGACAUUCAGACAAGCCAUCCUCUUCUUCACAGAGACAGAGUUUGUAACUGAUGCAGAACACCGCCCUGCUAUGAAAUACCUGCCACCACUUGGCAAGAGGCCCAGGGCUGAAGUGGGAGAGAGGCAGAGAUGCCACGCAGAAUCCCUGUUCACCUACUUGCAAACAGGAGCCCAGAUUCUUUGCACAGUGCUGCUGAUCAAACCCGGUGCCUGGAGCCGCAGUCUUGCAAGGAUCCUCCGAAAACUAAACCUAGAAAAGUUCACUGUGGUUGGCAUGAAACACAUAAACCUGGAACCAGGCGUUGCCUUAGGACUCCUUUCUUCUGAAGUGAAACAGGAUCCUGCUGUUUUAGAAGCUCACUGUUCCUACCUUACCUCAGACGCUGCUCUCGUGCUGUGUCUUCAGAGGCCAAAUGCUGUGAAGAAGCUGAUAGAUUUAUUGGGGCCAGAGGAUCCUAAAGUAGCCCAAGCAGUAGAUCCGUCUCUCUGGAGGGCUCAGUAUGGCAUCAGCAUGGUCCAAAAUGGAUUUUAUGGCUCCGAAUCCUAUCAAAUAGCUGUCCAGGAUAUGAAGCUGUUUUUCCCAGAAGGGCUGUGCUACACCGAGUGUCAGACAUUAGAAGAGGAAGAGAUCUAUAACCUGAAACGUGACCCCAUAGUCAGUUCAGGAAUCAAGAAGCAGCGCAAGAUUAUAAAGCGUGGAGCACGAGGGCAUCUCAGUUCACUGGGCUCUGAGCAACCAUGCAACCUUGAUCGGCCAUUGCUUGACAACCUCUGCCAAACCACUUGCCUCAUAUUGCCUGGGAUGAGCCUUCGGGGUUCAGAGCCCCCCUCUUAUGUGGAACUGCUUGAGGAGCUCAUUGCCACAGAUUUCACAGUGACUGGAGUACGUCUCACUGUCCUGGACAUGCCACAAGCUUGCUACAUCUCUGAGACACUAAGCAGGGCAGGAUGCAGUGCUGCAGCGCAGUGUUCCCUCUUAAAGAAUGGUUUGUGUCUGGUGCUGGCAGCACAGCGAGACAAUGCAGUCAUUUGCUUCGACUCCCUGCGGGACAGGGUCAGUUGGCAGAAGCAGUCAGUCCUGGGCACUGUGCAGCAUCUCCUUUAUCCUCAAAAUGAGAAUCAGGCUGAAGACCUGCUCUGUUGCUUUUUUGACACCCUGACAUCUGAGAGCAUCCACCAGAUUGAAUCCCAGGAUUGCUAGCCAAGAUGGUCCAGGCUUCCAGGCAUGGGUGGAUGCCGCUGCUGGUAUCUGUGCAGAUGGACACUCAGGGGACUCCCAGCCUCUAAGAGCACUGGUGUUUGUCAUUAAAACAUAAUGUCUG